GGCCGCGACAGCUCUCCCUCCUUAGACCUCCUUAUGCCCAAAAUGAUGGCCUCCAUGAGCUGGCCCUCGGGCUGGUGCUGAUUGGACAGCGAGCGGGUGACGUAGGGGGAGCGGCGGCCCAAUGGCGUUUUCCUGCGCGCGUCCCUCUCGGCUUCCCCGCAGGGCAGCCCGCGACGGAGGCGGUCGGGCGGCGUAACCGCCUUUUUUUCGUUCAUGGGCUCCGCGAACGCGUAGGGCCUGGCGGCUUUUGAUGUUUUUUGAUGAGGCUCCUUUUCUCGCCCCCCCACUCUUCGCAAGCGUGAGCCGGGGCAGAGCUGGCUCGCUGGCCGCGAUCAGUCGCACCACUCGCCACCACCGCCAAGUGGGCAGCACAGCGGUUUCGUGGCUCGCUUGACUGCUCUCUCGCGGUGACGUUAGUGCUCUUCGAGGGGUGGGCGUGUGCGUUUCGGAAGGGAUCGCCGGUGCCUUUACACGACCGCGGUUUCCGUUUCCGCAUCGGACCGGACCCGGAGUUCUUGUGGUCUCGCUCGGCGCUGGUAGAAGGGACGAUACCGGGAUGCAGUCGUACAGGCUCAUGCUGGAGCACCACCACGAGGAGGCCAUGAAGAGCUACGACGCUAAGGCACUGUUGCACGGUUCGACGCUGCACAGUGGAGGCUACGGCGACGGUUACACCAAGAGCGACGGCUACGCCAAGAGUGACACCACCGGCUACGGAGGCAAGACGGGCGUCGCGAGGAGCGGCGGCAGCGCUACGGAUGCAACGGCGAACGCCUACAAGGCGGCCACUGACAAGUGCAUCCUUCUCAACACGGACCCGAAGGAGAAGUCCAAAAAGGGCGGUGGAGGCGGAGGUGGCGGCGGAGGUCCGGAGCCCUCUCUGGCGGCGGCUGCCGCUGCCGCCGCGGCGCAGGACGCCAGCGGGAUCCGUCGUUACCGGACGGCCUUCACGCGCGAGCAGCUGGCGCGGCUCGAGAAGGAGUUCUGCCGGGAGAACUACGUGUCUAGGCCCCGGAGAUGCGAGCUGGCCGCCACGCUCAACUUGCCCGAGAGCACCAUCAAGGUGUGGUUCCAGAACAGGCGCAUGAAGGACAAGCGGCAGCGCAUGGCCCUGGCCUGGCCGUACGCCGACCCACACUUCGCCGCGUACAUGCUGAACGCCGCGGCCGCGGCUGCGGCCUCGGGCGCCGCGGGUUACCCGUACGCGUUGCCUUUCCCGUACUACACGGCUGCGGCAGCGGCCCUGUCUCCGCUGGGACGCUAUCACCCGUACAGCGCCGCCGGUCCUGCCAGGCCCCCGUCACCGGGACUGCAGCUGGCCGGGACGCCCGGUCCGUUUCCCCGGUCGCCCUCGGACCCCGCUGACGGCGGCCUCGCCGGCUACGACGACUCCGUGCGCCUGCCCCUACAUACCGUAUCCCGGCACGCAGCUGCCGUCGACGCAACAGCCGCACCAGCAGCACACGACGUCGACGACGCCGACGACCACGGUGUCCAGCCGAUCCCCGCCGUCUUCGCGGCUCAUCGCGGCUCCCGAGCCCAUCACCCUGACUGCUCACACGACGGAGCCGUCGGCGAAGCCGCCCAGCUUGUUUAGGCCGUUCAAGACGGACGCCGAGAAAGCCUGACUCGUUGCACCUUUGUCGGUCAUGGCGCGAACUACGGCGAUGGCGAGAGCAAGUCAUGGCGAACUUCGAAGAAACGACGUCCACCGGGUGCUGCGCGAUGUGAUCGCGCUUUGACGUCGGUAAGGCGCAACAGCAGAGUAGGCCGGUGGGUGGUGGUUCAACCGGAACGAUAGCAUCAACUCAUCGAAAGACGCGCGCUGUUGGUCUCUUCUUCAGUGUCGGACCGAAAGUGCGUGGACUGAAAUUAACAUCCCGGUUCCCCUUCGAGAAAAUUAAGGCCCUGGUGCCAGAAAUGCAUCCUCGCGGGCGACGCACUUCGGUAUGAUAGGGUAGUAUAGUCUUUAACCCAGACCUAAUUUACGAGGUGCCCUGAGAGGUGACGCGCGUGCUCUCCUCAGCGGAAACUGAAAAAAGGCUUGGAGAUGUAGCGUACAAAAAAGACACCCAAGACCGUCUUGCCUUAGCUUAGCCGCAUGCGCUUGAAAAUAUCUCACGUGUUCAUUGAUGAGAGUUGAUGAGCAAGCCUGUGCGCCUACAUCGCCGAGAAAAAAAAAAUAAACAGCCCUCCCAGUGACCGAAAACCCGGAACAGCCAUAAAGAUGUACAACCCUAUACUCCAAGUGUUCGCAUAGUGACUAUGAGACUCAUCGGGACGAAGGGUGACGAAGAGUGACGUUCUUACACUUCAUGUAGAAUUGACGAUGAACGGGACAUUUUUCAUUUCCGAAAAGAACGAUCGGCAGACGAGCGCGAAUUGUGCAAUCUUCUCGGCGCUUAGUCGAAGUGAAAGGACAUUGACUGUAAUCUAUGCUAGAAUGUAUACGUACAAUGCUCACUCACGCCUAUAAGCCUCUGGAUGUGUAUGUGGACAGUGUGAAGUGUUCACGGGACUACCAAAGAAAAAGAGGCGAAACAAGAACAGGACCAUGUGAGCUGUGCGCGCAGACAGUGACUGUAGACACGAUAUAUGCCGUUUCCGGCAGUCUGCCUUUACGUCGCAGUAAAAUCA